UAUAUACUAGUUACGCUGCUCCGGGAUUUAAAGGGUGGGCCUUAUCGGGUAUUACUAGAGUUUACCUUUAAAUUUAUAAAGGAAAUACUAACUUUAGUAAAAAACACCUUUCCUCUCCCUAAAAUUAUAUUUAAUAAGUCCCUUAUUUUUAGUCUAUAUAUCUUUCUUUUUAGAAUACUUUUCCGUAAUAGAGCGUUCGCACUAUAUAAUCUAAUAUCUAAAAAAAAGUUAAGCAGGCUCUAUAUUCUACUAGGGCGCAAUAAGCUACUAUUACUUCUAAAUAGGAAACUAGAUAAAAUCCUAGUACUUUAG